AUGCCGCCGCCGUCGGCCCCGGCCUCGCACCACCUGCGCCUGUGGUGGAGGCGCCGCGGCCGGGCCGGCGCCGUCGGGGCCACCUUCGCCGUCGCGCUGCUCCUCGCGCUUUCCAGCUACGCCUCCGUAGUAUUCCCCGCGUCCGGUGGCCGCCGCGGCCCCGCCCUCGUAGGACUCACCCUCGUCCGCCGCGCCAGCGAGAAGGGAUCUUUGAUGUUCCCGGCAACCCCUCACUCCCUUGUUUUGAAAUUUCAAUUUCAAAUUUUGAACAGCCGUUCGUUCGUACUUCGUACUCUGUGCUUGGAUGGGAGCGCGCCCGGGUACCAUCUGCAGAGAGGGUCUGGGAGUGUAUCGCAGAGCUGGCUCAUCCACUUGGGGGGUGGAGGCUGGUGCCGUAAUCUCAAGUCAUGUGCCUCACGUCAGAGAUCGAUGUUGGGCUCAUCCCGGUACAUGGAAGGCCAGGUUGAGUUCACAGGGAUCUUGAGCGAUGAUAAGUCUCAGAAUCCCAACUUUUACAACUGGAAUAAAGUGAAGAUAAGGUAUUGCGACGGGGCAUCAUUCUCUGGGAAUGUAAAAGAUGAAUUGCAGAAUGGCACAAGAUUCUUCUUCAGAGGCCAGCGUAUCUGGGAAGCAGUUAUGAACGAACUUGUAGUUAAGGGGCUCAGAAAUGCUAAACAGGCUUUCCUAACAGGAUGCUCUGCUGGUGGGCUAGCCACUUACAUUCACUGUGAUUCUUUCCGUGCGCUGCUACCAAAGGAUUCUAGGUGUUUCUUUCCACGUGAAGUUGUGAAGCACGUUGUCAACCCAGUCUUUGUUCUUAAUCGAGCAUAUGAUGCUUGGCAGGUACAACAUGCGUUGGCUCCAGAAGCAUCUGACCCUCAGCAUUCGUGGCUGGACUGCAGAUUGGAUAUUAGCAAGUGCAGCUCUGAACAACUUGAAAUUCUCCAAGGUUUCAGGAAAGAACUGCAUGAUGCUAUAAGUGAAGUUAAGCAGGAAAGGGACUGGGGAUUUUAUAUCAACUCGUGCUUUGUUCACUGUCAGUCUCUAAACUCGUUGACUUGGCACUCUCCAACUUCCCCCAGAGUCAACAAUAAGAGCAUUGCAGAAGCAGUUGGAGACUGGUUCUUUGACAGAAGAGAAGUGAAGGAGAUAGAUUGCGAAUAUCCAUGCAACCCGACGUGCCACAACUUGGUCUUCGCAAGGCCUUUCAAGAUAUGA